GAUUGUGGGUGUGUCCAGCAGAGAAGGGUUUCAUUCAUAAAUCCUUUUAGUUUUUAAAUCAAAAUUAAGGUGCUGGGAGAAGGUUGGGUGCUUAUUGGCUUCUGUCUAAAUACCCCUGCAUGGAGCACCACAUGAAUCACAAUUAGGGGUUACUCCAGCUCGCUUGGACCAUGAGCAAUGAGUUGCCUAUUUGGCAAUACCUGACAGAAAACAGUACGGAUGUGCCAAAGGAUCCUGGAAAACAGGAUGGCUACAUCUUACUUCUAGUGCUGCUCUCUAUAUUCAUCGGAGGGACGCUGGUCUUGCUGUCUGGACUGCUGGUCAUCUGCCGUCGGUGCUGUGAGUGGGAUCGUCGGUACUCCAGGGCCAGUGAUGAUCCAGAGAAGACAAACACGACCUACUUGGAGGAUUCACAGCCUGUGCAGGAGGUCACAAUCAAAGUGGAUGAUUCAGACUGCCUGUCAUCAUCCUCCAGCUACCACAACGUUGAGAAUGAGCACUUCCUAUCCGCCUACUCCACAGGCCGCCGCGUCUCCUUUAAUGAGGCCUCACUCUUUGACCACAGCAAGAAGACGCAGGAGAAAGGACGCAGGUACACCCUGACAGAGGGAGACUUUCAUCAUCUGAAGAAUGCACGUCUUACUCACUUCAGCAUCCCACCCCCAGCGCUAAAGAUCGUGACGAUUCAUGAAUGCGAGUCCAGUGAGAACAGCAUUGCUAUGACAACCAGACCUCCAUCCAAGUCCAGUCUCUCUAUAUUUCAGCCUCUGGUCAGUGCACUGCCACAAACGGCCCUGACUAGCCUGUCACUCAGUCCAAGUUCAGCCCUUCCUGGAGACACCUUUAACUCAACAGUGGACACGGGCUUUAAGCACAGCCAUGUCUUCUCCAGGUCUGAUGCACACGACAGCACGAUCAAAGCACUUGGUAGCAGCCCACACAAUGGUGGCAGUCCCAAUUAUGCUGAGGAGGGAUUAAGCACGAUGUCUGGACCCUCUUCCCCUUCUUCCACAAGUACUACUCCUGGGACAGUGCUGCAAUUCUUUACCAAGCUGCGUCGACAUGCGAGUCUGGAAAGUGCUAGUCCCUACUUUAAGAUCAAAAAGUGGAAAUUUGAAAGCAACCAGAGGGCCUCAAGCUUAGACAUGAGAGGCUCUCUUAAAAGACGUCAGUUCCAGCGCCAGAGAGCUGCCAGCGAGAGCAUGGACCAGGAGGAGCAUGCUUCGCACCACCUGGACAUCAUUCAGUACAUUGCUCGGACCGAAGAUGUUGCCUUCCGUGUCAUGCCACCACCCUCCACCACUCCACCCGCCUCCCUCGGCAGGUUAGAGUCAGCAGAAGUGGUGGGGGCAGUGGGUGGCCUCUCACUGCCAUUGGAAGAUGAUGAGACUAGCUGCAGACCUGCAACUUCUGAACAGCACACCACAUACCGUGACAUCUGGAACCUGCGGGCAUCACUUGAGCUGUAUGCAUCUUCAGACCAGAGCAGCAACAACGACAGGGACUCUGUAAGAAGUGAUGCAGAGAGUGUGUGCUCGCUAGGAGGUGGCCUACCCAGGUACCCAUCUCAAGAUAUUGGGGAUGACUUGGAAAGCGAGUGUGAAAAGCUGGAGUUCCUUGGCAGAGAUAGUGUUACAGGCAAUGCCAAACAGGACAGUGUAGACUCAGAACGGAGCAGUGAUGGUGAUGCAGGAAACAGGAAGCUCCUGCAGAUGGACAGUGGCUAUGCUUCUAUAGAGGCUCCCUCCCGUGCUCCAGAGGAACUGCGACUCUUCAGCACAGGCAGCAAGGACAAAACAGCAUCUGAGAAAAGACAUUUCUUUACCAGCUCUGGGCGGAAGGGGACAGUGUGUGAAAGUUUUGAUGAGUCCGUCUUUGAUGAAGAGCUAGAAGAAGCUACUGGCAGUACAUUGGAGGGAGAAAGCCCACUUGCGUGGUCUCCCUACGGCCAAAUGUUUCCCACCCGUGAUCACCACCACCCUCCACAUCUCCACCGCAGGGACUACAGCAUUGAUGAGAAGACUGAUGCCCUGUUUCACGAGUUUCUACGACAUGACCCCCAGUUUGAUCACCUGGAGUCACCAAUGCGCUCCAAGCACCGAUCCAGGGUUCACUUGCGUAAGCAGUGGCAAAGGACAAAGCAGUACAGUGAUCCAGGGGUCUUGUUCCCGCCAUCUUUUGAGAGACAACGCACCCCACUGAGGAGGGGUGACAGUGUCAACUACCCAUUGGACACCCGUUACCACAGCACGCUUCCACGCAUUGUAAGUACUGCCGAUGAGGAGGUUGGUGACAGCCCAGGGCCAAAGACGCCCACUGGGGCAGCACAUGAAGAACAACCACUUUCCACCAGCAAUGGACGGACAAUCACAGAAGAGCAAGACCCAGACUCUGUUCCUAGGCUUAACCCUCUGCCUGUUCUUGAGGACAGCAGGCCGGCCCCUAUUGGUACUGGAGACCAUGGUGGCCACUUGAUUUGUGAAACAUCUGACAAUAGUUCUGUGCCAUUGCCACUUUCCCAACUGCAGGACAUGGGCUAUGGGCCCCAGACCAUCUCCGCUGAUCUAACAGACAAACUAAUGGUAAACUUGGAAGAGAGGCUAUACAGCAGCCUGAGACAAUCCAAAGAACCUCCAGAGUCUGUGGUGAGCGUUAGCCACACCUCACCAGAUCAUAGCCCGGUGUAGCGUCCAUCACUGCUUCCCUUUUCUAUAAACCACACUGGUCCAUUUACUUAUUUAUUUAUUAUUUAUUUAUUUAUUUAAUUUAUUUAAUCUGUACUGCUGUAGUAGUUGGGAUACAGCUAUCAUCUGUCCAAUAAAGGAGGAGAGAAAGGAGAAA